CCGGCACCCCCGGGCCUGUAAUAGAUACAAGGAGGCGUUACUGCCCCUAUGAGCCUCCACCUGUUCCCCCCCCAUAGCUCCCAGGGGCUUGUGUCUUGUGCCUCCCUCUCUGCCCCUUUCUCCCCGGUGCAUUUGGGUUCUGACAGGAUCAGCUGCCUCAACAUUUUAUCUUUAGACUAAAAUUAGGAUUGUUUCACGGACGAGCCCUGCUGUCUGUCAUCGUAGGGGCCCUCAGCGCAGUGAGCGGAGCAUGGAAUAACCCAAGGGGGACACUAUCCGCGGGACAGAGGCAGCCAUUCCAGGAGCCGGGCCCUAACCCUACAGCCGGGAUCUCAGGAGACACAGAGAGGUAGAUGGCAGCGCUAUCCCUUCACCCACCCAAUACCCAUCUGGCUCUGGAGAUGCCAGGAGGAGCCCCACGUUUCUUGUGUUUUCCUCGCUCAAUCACAGCCCCCUGCGGCUCCCAAGCCGUCCUACGAUGCCGUAUAAGUGGGGACCCCCCGCCCCAAGUUCGGUGGGAGAGGGCGGGCAACAUUCGAAUGGAACUAGGGGACAGGUGUGCGGUCCAAAAUGAUGGAGACUGGUACCAGCUGGUGAUCAGCGACCUGAGGCCGGAGGACACGGGCCAUUACAUGUGCAGAGCCAGCAACUGGUCAGGGGAAGGCUACGCCGGCGCCAAAAUAACAGUGACCCCCAACUUGAACCCCAUUGCUGAACCUCCUGCUAAUCUGCCCUUACAGCCCCACCUUCCUGUGAUAUCCCAUGACACCCCCUCUCUACCAACUGUCAGUUCUGACUCCUGCACUAAAGCUCAGUCCCUCACCCACAAACGUAUCUCAGAAACCUCCACCUCUCAGGAAGCCGAUCUCAAUGCCAACAUCUUGGACCUUUCCCAGACUGAAUUGCCCCCAGUCACCGAACUGCCCCCACAUUUUCUGCUCACCCCGGUCUCUCAGCGGUUGUGCAGGGGUCAGAGUGGGGAACUUACAUGUAAAGUCUCUGGGGUCCCAGAGCCCACCAUUCGCUGGGAGAAAGAUGGGAGGAGCCUGGAUGAACUUUGUGAUGGAUCUCAUUACUGCUUGUCCCCUGGGGGCCACACACUCUCCAUUUCCCGGGUUCACCCACCUGAUGCCGGGGUGUAUGUGUGCCGGGCUACCAAUACAGCAGGGCAGUGUUUGGCUGCAGCUGUAGUCCUGGUGGAUCCAACCCAACGCCAUGGCCAAGAACCCUACCCAGGGGACCCUCCAGCCCAGGUGAAAGUGUUCACUGUCAAUGAGGGCAAACAUGCCAAGCUCCGCUGCCUGGUGACGGGCAAACCGCGCCCAGAGAUCAUUUGGCGCAAAGAUGGUCGCGCUGUUAGCCCCGGGCGCAGGACCCUGAUAUAUGAGGACCGUGAAGGCCACUUUAUACUCAAGGUUCUGUUUUGUCGGCAGCAGGACCGAGGUCUGUAUGUUUGUGGCGCCUCCAACACCGCUGGGAACACGCUAAGUGCCGUCAUGUUACAUGUGAGAGAGAUUGGGGAGCGGUUCCCGGCCCCCCUUAAGGACAUUGCGGUGAGGGAGGGCCAGGAUGCGGUGCUGGAGUGCUCGGUGCCAGACGGUUCCCGGACAUCGUGGUACCUGGAGGACCAGAGACUCCACCCAGACAAGCGCCACCACAUGGAGGAGCAGGGCCCCAUCAGGCGGCUCAUUAUCCGAGGGGCCCGGACAGAUGACGAUGGAGUGUAUAUGUGCCAGACUCAGCAGGGGUCACAGAGCAUCGCCGAAGUCGCUGUCAGAGGCCCAAUUACCAAGAAGCUGCCUCGUCGCCUGGAGGUGGCGGAAGGUGGAAACGCCGCCUUUUGUGCCGAGACGGAGAGCGAGAUGGAGCAGAUUGGUUGGACCCUGAAUGGACAUAUCCUCUCCGAGACCCAACGGAUGGUGGUGCAGAGCUUCGGCAGGACCCAUGUUUUGGUGCUGGUAGGAGUGACCCAGAAGGAUGCGGGAAUAGUCCAGUUCCAUGCGGGGCUCUCGGAGUCUUCCUGCCAACUACGUGUGAAGGCACGUGGUGUCAGCAUAAAGCCCGCCACCGGGGAAGCAGCCAAUAGGACUCUGGGAGCGGGGCAGCCCCUUUGCCUCAGCUGCCAUGUUCCCGGCUCAGCCGUGAGAGUGCGCUGGAUGAAGGACGGCCAAGAGUUGGAGUCAGGUGGUCAUUUCACCAUCCAAUCAGAGGGCAGAGUGCGGCGUCUCCUAAUCUCAUCCUCCCACCCAAGUGACAGUGGCACCUACACGUGUCACACAGCCGAUGGGAGUGUCAGUUUCACCGUCAGUGUGAAUGAGCCCCCAGUGAAAAUCAUUAACACGAGUGAUAACACUCAGCACAAGUGCCUGGCCGGGGAGCAGGUGGUGCUGAGCUGCGAGGUGUCCCGAGAGAGUGCCCACGUGCGCUGGUACCGGGACGGCGCGGAACUGGGGGAACAUGAGGGCCUCAGGCUGGAGGCGGAUGGGAGACACCGCAGGCUGGUGAUCCCCUCGGCAAAACCGCAGGAUUCCGGGGAGUUUGUAUGUGAUGCCGGCAAUGACUCUGUUUUCUACCAUGUGACUGUGAAAGAGCCCCCUGUGAAAAUAGUGAACACUUGUGACGACACGGAGCACUCGUGCCUGAGCGGGGGGCAAGUGGAGCUGAGCUGCGAGGUGUCCCGGGAGAGCGCCAGGGUGCGCUGGUACAAGGAUGGGGUGGAGGUGGAGGAGACGGAGGGGAUCAGGCUGGAGUCGGAUGGGAGACAUCGCAGGCUGGUGAUUUGCGCUGCGGGAACGCAGGAUUCCGGCGAGUUUGUCUGCGACACUGGCGAUGACUCUGUUUUCUACAAUGUGACUGUGACAGAGCCCCCGGUGACAAUAGUGAACACCAGUGACGACACGGAGCACUCGUGCCUGAGCGGGGGGCAAGUGGAGCUGAGCUGCGAGGUGUCCCGGGAGAGCGCCAGGGUGCGCUGGUACAAGGAUGGCACGGAGGUGGAGGAGACGGAGGGGGUCAGGCUGGAGUCGGAUGGGAAGCACCGCCGGCUGGUGAUAUCCAAUGCCCACACCCGGGACUGCGGGGAGUUUGUCUGUGAUGCUGGCACUGACUCCAUCUUCUAUACAGUCACAGUGAGAGAGCCCCCGGUGACAAUAGUGAACACCAGUGACGACACGGAGCACUCGUGCCUGAGCGGGGGGCAAGUGGAGCUGAGCUGCGAGGUGUCCCGGGAGAGCGCCAGGGUGCGCUGGUACAAGGAUGGGGUGGAGGUGGAGGAGACGGAGGGGAUCAGGCUGGAGUCGGAUGGGAAGCACCGCCGGCUGGUGAUAUCCAAUGCCCACACCCGGGACUGCGGGGAGUUUGUCUGUGAUGCUGGCGAUGAUUCUGUCUUCUAUACCCUCACUGUGAGAGAACCCCCAGUGACAAUCACCAGGAUAAUGGAGGAGGCGGAGCAGAGGUGGCUGAGCGGAGAGGCCGUAGAGCUGAGCUGUGAGGUGUCACAAGAUGGCGGCCGGGUCCGUUGGUUUAGAGACAACGUAGAACUGGUGGAAAGUGAAAAGAUCCAAGUUCAGUCAGACGGGAAGCUCCGCCGUUUGCUCAUCACUAGCGCCGCCCCCCAGGACUCGGGCGAAUACGUCUGCGACUCGGGAGAUGACUCUGUAGCCUUUAAUGUCUUGGUGGCAGAGCCCCCGGUGAGGAUCCUUAGCGAUGACCCCGGGGAGGUGCGGCGCCUGAGCGGGGAGUCGGUGACGCUGAGCUGCGAGUUGUCGCGGGAGAGCGCCCUUGUGCGUUGGUACAAAGAUGGGGAGAGACUGGAGGAAAGUGAGAGGGUCCGAAUGGAGUCAGAGGGGGCGCUGCGCAGGCUGCUUAUCCUCUCUGCGCGGGUCGGCGACUCCGGGGAGUUUGUGUGCGACGCUGGGGAUGAUUCUGCCUUCUACAGCGUCACUGUUACAGAGCCCCCGGCCAAGCUGGAGAAUACAGGGGGGAGCGCGGAGCAGCGGUGCCUGAGUGGGGGGCGAGUGGUUCUGAGCUGCGAGGUCUCCCGGGAAGACGCCCCCGUGUCCUGGUACAAAGAUGGGGAGCUGCUGGGGGAGGGUGAGAACGUUAUACUGGAGGCCGAGGGGAGACACCGGCGGCUCAUUAUCCCUGCGGCUCGGGCACAGGACUCGGGGGAGUUUGUCUGCGACUCUGGGGAUGAUUCUCUCUUCUACAGCAUCACUGUGACCGACCCCCCAGUGAUUAUUGUGAACACAAGCGAAGACUCUGAUCUGAAGUGCCUGACGGGGGAACAGGUUCUGCUGAGCUGCGAGGUCUCAAGAGAGAGUGCCCACGUGGCCUGGUACCGAGAUGGGGUGGAGGUGGAAGAGAGCGACAGGGUUCGCCUGGAGGAAGACGGAACCAUCCGGAGACUGACGAUCCUGUGUGCCGAGACUCACGACUCAGGGGAAUAUGUCUGUGACGCCCGAGAUGACUCUGUCUUCUACUAUCUGUCAGUCACAGAGCCCCCUGUUAAGUUUGUGAACACGAGUGAUGACCUGGAGCUGAAGUGCGUGACUGGGGAACAGGUGGUUCUGAGCUGCGAGGUGACCCGAGAGAACGCCCGGGUGCGCUGGUACCGAGAUGGCAUGGAGGUGGAAGAGGCCGAGGGCAUCAGGGUGGAGUCUGACGGGAGGUACCGCCGGCUGGUGAUCCCUAAUGCGCAGCCCCAGGACUCUGGGGAGUUUGUCUGUGACUCUGGAGACGAUGCCGUUUUCUACAGUGUCAUUAUCAGAGAGCCCCCCACAAAGAUCUUGCACCCCAAGAUUCGAACUCAGGACCUGCAGUUCAUCACGGGGGAGCGGGUGCAGCUGGUGGUGGACGUGUCCCGGAGCGACGGCAGGGUGCGCUGGUUUAAGGACGGGCUGGAGGUGGACGAGGACGACAACCUGCAAGUGAUGUCGGAGGGUCUCCGCCGCCGCCUGGUCCUGCCCUGCGCCGUGGUGGAGGAUUCUGGGGAAUAUAUCUGCGACACCGACAGCGACUCGGCCACGUUUGACGUCAAGGUGCUGGAGCCCCCAGUUAAGAUCCUUCCCAGUGGGUGCUCGGCCUCGGUGCUCAACGUGAUGGAGGGGGACCCCCUGUCCCUACACUGCGAGCUCUCCCGGGGCAGCGCCGACCUCCGCUGGUUGAAAGACGGGGAGGAAUUAACCCCAACGCAGAAUAUUGCCCUGGAGGCGGCGGGGACGCGGCACACACUGCGCUUCCUGUCCGUCCAACCGGAAGACGCCGGGCAGUACCACUGCAACGUGGGGGGCGACUCCAGGGUCUUCACUGUAAAUGUGGAUGAGAAUAGAGUGAGGAUCUUAGAGCGCGAGCAGAUGGUGCCGCGGCGGUUUUGCACCGUCUCUGAGGACCUCAGGCUGGCGCUGUCCCUGUCCCGGGCUGACGCCGAGGUGCGGUGGUACAAGGACGGAGAGCGGCUGAGAGACGCGCCACACAUUCUAGUGGAGGAGAGGGGAGCCGAGUGCUCGCUGACCAUCCUGGGAUUGGAGCGCGCUGACGCGGGGGAAUAUCUCUGUGACGUCAGCCGGGACAGCUUCAGCUUUUAUGUCGCUGUGGGAGACCCCCCCGUUACCAUUGUGGGGAACACCGGGACCCCCGAGCAGCAUCUCCUUAUGACUGGGGACGAUCUGGUUCUGACCUGUGAGCUGUCCCGGCCAAACUUCAAGGUGCGCUGGCUGCGCAACGGAGAGGAGCUGGUGUCGGCCGGCCGGGUGAAGAUCCUGGCGCGGGGGGUGCACCGGCAACUGACCAUACAGAACGUGCGGCCCGGCGACUCCGGCACAUAUACUUGUGAUGCCGGCACAGACCAGAUGCACACCUCAGUCUAUGUGGAAGCCCCCCGCGUGGUGGAGUUUGUCACCGAGCUCCAGAAUAUUACUGUGUUGGAAGGGGAAACCGCCAGCUUUAAAUGCAUGGUAUCGCCGGACGACGUGGAUCUCCGCUGGGAGCUGAACGGGUCCCCCGUGUACUCGGAUAAAAGGUUCAGCACAACGAGCACCGGGAUGUGCCAUUCCCUCACCCUGCGCUCCUGCCGGCUGUCCGAUUCCGGCAAAGUCACCGCCAACGCCGAGGGGCUUCUAUCCAGGGCAAAGCUCAGAGUGCAAGAGGCGCAGGUUCUGUUUACACAAGGGCUUCAGGACAUGGAGGCAGAAGAAGAACAGGACCUGGAGCUGCGGGUUCAAGUAACCAAGGAUCAGGCGGAAAUCCAUUGGGUGAAGCAGGGGGUCGUCAUCCAGCCCAGCCCCAAAUACACCCUACAGGCCUCCGGCUGCACCCACUCGCUCACCAUCCACAGGCUCCAGGCGUCGGACCGCGGCCGCUACUGCUGUGAGAGUCUCCAUGACCGGACGGAAUGUCGCCUCAAUGUCACACCUCGCAGCAUCUCUAUUAGGAAGGGGCUGAAGGACAUUAAAUGCGAGGAAGGAAGCGGCGUGGAUUUUACGGUGGAGCUGUCCCACGAGGGAUUGGUCGGCGAGUGGUGGAAAGGCGGCGUCCGAGUGACCAAUGACAAUCAGUGCACGAUCAGAGCCAGCGGGCGGCAGCACUUCCUGCACCUGUCAGACCUCACCGUCCCUGACUCCUGCGUCAUCGCAUUUAUUGCGGACUCCCUGCGCACCACGGCGCAACUGACGGUGACUGAGCCCCCGCUGACCAUCACACAGCCGCCCCAGGACUUUGUAGUGAAUGAAGGGGGGGCAGCAACAUUCCAGUGCGAGGUGUCCCGGCAAGAAGCCACGGUGACCUGGGACAAGGACGGCGUGCAGCUGGUUCCAAGCGCGAGGUGUCGCAUGUACUCCGUAGGUCGGCGUCGAAUCCUCCAGCUCAGCCAAUGUGGGCCCCCGGACGCCGGGACCUACACCUGUCACAUGGGCGAUAUAAACGCGGGCGCUACACUGCGUGUCCUUGAGCAAGAGCCUCAGAUGCUGAAGGAUCUCCAGGAUGUGGAUAUUGUGGAGAACGAGAAUGCCGUGUUCACGUGCGAGGUUUCCUGCGCUCAGGCUAAAGGCGAAUGGUUCAAGAACGGAGAGCCAAUCAGAGUCACCAACACCACCAAGAUCCGCCAGGAAGGACGUCGCCACUUUCUUCUAAUCUGCGGGGCGCAGUGCGAGGACGCGGGCGAAAUCACCUUCAGGGCCAGACGUCUGCAGUCCACGGCCCGUCUCCGAAUUAAGGAGAUCCCAGUCCGGAUAGUGAAAUCCCUCAGGGACCGGACAGCCCUGGAGGGGCACCGGGUGGUGCUGGAAUGCAAAGUCAACCCGCCCAGAGCGCAAGCCAAGUGGCUACGGGGGGGGCGGGAAAUCUUCCCAUCGGCAAAGUACCAGAUAUGCAACGAGGACGGGUUCCAUAAACUGAUCAUCGCCGAUGUGGCCCCUGAGGAUGAGGAUAUGUACACAGUGAGCACGGCCGGGGGCCAAAGCUCAGCUCGGCUGCUUGUGGAGGGUCUGGCCGUCCAGGUGUCCCGGGGACUGAGUGACGUGAGGGUGACGGCGCCGGGGGAUGCCUGCUUUGAUUGCGAGGUGUCCCUCCCUCUCUCCCGACCCCCCCAGUGGAGCCUGAAUGGGGAGCCGCUGCACGAUGGGGCAGAUGUUUCCAUAGAGACCAGAGGGAAGCGGCACAGGCUGGUUCUGAGGGACACGCAUCCCCGGAUGUCGGGGACGGUCAGGUUCACAGCAGGGAAAGCGCGUUCCGAAGCCAAACUCACCGUCCAAGGAUAAUGCGGAGGCCUCCUGCUACAUCAAGGGAUCACUGGAUCUGCACCCACCUACCUGCCCUGGGCACCCACCUACCUGCCCCGGGCACCCACCUACCUGCCCCGGGCACCCACCGCUCACCCCCCCACAAAGCUCCAACCUCCUCGGCCUCACACACAGCCCCCGGGCCCCCGGCGCUUGGUAGAGCUGAGCUCGUACCACUGACAAACAAAAUGGCUUCCCUGCGGCCAAGCUACAUAGAAGCAGUCACAUUUAUUUAACCCAUUAGUUCCCGGAGAGACUGUAGCUGGGAGUUGAGGGUCAGUCAGGUGACACAGUACGAUGAUGGGGCAGAGGGGAGGGUUGGGGGGGCAAAGGGGAGGGUUG